AUGUCGGACGGUCUUGUGCAACGACGUAAAACAGCUUCGGCAUCUAUCAAAAAUGAUGAGAAUGCAAAAGACAUUGAUAAUAUUGAUAGUGAUGAUUCUAAAGGAGAGUAUUACGAUGACAAAGCUACAAGACUGACGUUAAUGGAACAAAUCUUAUUGCUUGGGUUGAAGGAUAGAGAAGGUUAUACAUCAUUUUGGAAUGACUGUAUUAGUAGCGGUCUUCGUGGAUGCAUUCUCACUGAAUUGGCACUGAGAAACCGGAUUGAAUUAGAAAAAUCUGGAAUGCGAAAGAAGAGUUUGAUGAGCAGAAAG